AAUUGAAAACAACAAUUAGCGAUAAGACGCAACAAACGAACUUCCCAAUUCCAAUUCCAAUUUGAAUUGUGUAUUUGAAUUACAGCAAAAGAAGUGAGACGUUAACAAACGGCGCUGCCAACUCGCUCAAAACACGCAAGCGAUUAGUGCACAACUUAGCCGCUAGAGUGGCAAUAGAGCGCAUACAACUCUGCCUGAGCGUCAUAUUUUAUUUUAGCGCCAGGAGACGCGAACUGUUUUAAGGCUUUUAAAUAAAUGCUACAAUUGUUUAAACAAUGAGACGCAGCAUGGGUGCACCAAUGGCACGCGGCGCCAAUCGCAGCAAAGGUGCCAGCGCCCCGAAUCGACCAACAACCAAAGCACAGCAGCAACAAGACGUAGUCGCCGCUGCAAUUGAUGCCUUGGAUGAGGCGUUAAUAUUUGAUGAUGAAGAGGGCGGCACACGGAUCGGUGAUAUAUAUAUACCUCCACCGGUGCCCGCACACUGCUCGAUGGAGAGUGUCGGCCCCCGCUUAAUUAUCAAACGCAUUGUGAACUACAAUUUCAAGAGCUAUGCGGGCGAAGUGUCGCUGGGACCAUUUCAUCAUUCGUUCACGGCAAUCAUUGGUCCAAAUGGCAGUGGGAAGAGCAACGUCAUCGAUUCGAUGAUGUUCGUCUUUGGCUGCCGGGCGAAUCGUAUACGCUGCAAGAAACUCUCCACGCUCAUCCACAACUCAAAGUAUUUUCCCGAUCUCAAAAGUUGCUCGGUUGCCGUUCAUUUCGAGCUCGUCGUGGAUCAGCCCGAUGGCAUCUGCACCAAGCAACCGAAUUCGGAGUUUGUCGUCAGUCGCACUGCCAAUGCGGAUAACACAUCGUUCUAUCAGAUCGAUAAGCAGCGGGUGCAGCUGAAGGAUGUUGCCAAGCUGCUCAAAAAACAUCAUGUGGAUCUGGAGCACAAUCGUUUUCUCAUUCUGCAGGGCGAGGUCGAGUCCAUAUCGAUGAUGAAGCCCAUGGGUGCCGGGGAAAAUGAGACGGGCAUGUUGGAAUAUCUGGAGGAUAUUAUAGGUACACAACGCUAUAUUCGCCCGCUGCAGCAGAUAAAUCAGCGUGUGGAUCAACUGUCGGAUGACAGGAUAGAGAAACUAAAUCGCUGCAAGCUGGCGGAGCGAGAGAUGAAGGAUCUGGAGCAACCGUACAACGAGGCCGUCGAGUAUUUGCGCAUGGAGAACGAACAUACGCGCAACAUGAAUAUUAUAGCGCAGAAAUACAUCAGAAUCAAACAACAAUUACUGGAUGACUUAACCAAGAAGCACGAGACUUGCGCAGCGGAGUUGCAAAAGCAUGACGAGGGCACCAAUGCCCUCAAGAAGGAACGGGCCGAAAAGGAGCUCAUCAUUCGCAAGGAAAUUGAAGCCUACGAGGCGCUCAUCAAGCAGCGCGAGGCCAUCAAGAAGGAGCUGGUUGGUGCGGAUCGCAGCUAUACAGAAGUCCAAAGCGCCAUGGAGAACACAAAUAAACAGCGUAAAAAGGAUAAAGCGCAAAUCGAUAAGAAUGAAAAGGAACUAGAUGAGUUGCACAAGUUGCCGGCGAAAAACGAAAAGGAAAUCGAGGAAUGCGAACACAAAAUGGAACGCCUCGAGCAGGAGAAAGUCACACUGAGCGAGGAGCGCGAGAAACAAUUGACGCUGUUCAAUGAGAAAUCGGCGCCGCUGACCGAAAAGCGCCUCAAGUACAGCGAUGAGCUAAUUGGCCACAAGGAGGCAGCCAACGAGGCACGCGAGACGCUGCAUGUCCACGAGUCGAAGAUGAAGAUACUCAAACAGGUGGAAGUGACAGAGACGCGCAAAUAUCAGACACUAAAGAGCGCCUACGAGGAGGCCCAAGAAAGCCAACAGCAGAUGACCACAAAAUUGCAGGAGCUAAACGAAAAUAUGCCACAGCUCGAUGAAGAGAUUGCCAUUAAAACGGCCGAGAUUGAAAAGCUGACCAAGGACGAGCGCAACAUGAGCACUCAGCGCACCAAGCUGCGCGAAGAGAUCAAUGAGCGCUCGACAAAUAUGCAAGCGCAGCGCUCCAAUAAUAAUGUCCUCAACUUUCUGAUGCGCAUGAAGAUGGAGGGCAAAAUUCCGGGCAUUCUGGGCCGUCUCGGGGAUUUGGGUGGCAUUGAUGCUAAAUACGAUGUGGCCAUAUCCACCGCCUGUAGCCGACUCGACAAUAUUGUGACGGAUAAUUAUGACACGGCCACAGCUGCGAUUAAAGCACUCAAGGAGCACAAUGUGGGACGGGCCCAAUUUAUACCACUAAAUCGCAUGGAGCAUUUUAGGAGCAAAUCCUAUCCCAUUGAUACCCCGGAGAAUGUGCCGCGUCUGUACGAUCUGGUGCAGGUGGAGGAUGAGCGCGUGAAGACCGCCUUCUAUAUGGCCUUGCAGAAUACACUGGUGGCCAACGAUCUGGAGCAGGGAUCACGCAUUGCCUACGGCCAGCAGCGUUAUCGCGUCGUUACACUCAGUGGCGACAUCAUUGAGCAGGCCGGCACCAUGACCGGUGGUGGCAAUAAACCAUUGCGCGGCAAAAUGGGCACACAGGUGCGCACAAAGACCGCGGAAUCGGCGGACACGUCAAUGGUGUCACAGCAGGCGUUGCAGCAGAUGCAGGUGCAGGCGGAUGAGUUGCAGCAACGCAUUAGCUACUGCCAGGAGCAGCAGGGGCGACUCGAACACGAAAUUCAAACGCUGAAGGCGAAUCGCCAGCGCAGCGAAUCGGAACAGAAACGUUUGACGGUCAGCAUCAAGUCGCAUGGCCAACAAAUGGCGAGCAGUCUGAAGCAGUGCGAGGCACAGCGUCAACGUAUGCUCAGCCACACCACGGAUGAGGCUGCUGUUCGCGAAUUGGAGCUGCGCAUUGAGGAGACGCAGAAGCUGUUGACGGAUCGCCAGGCAACAGAGCAGUCGGUCGACGACAAGCUCAAGGAGAUUCAAGAUCAAUUCGAAGUGUUGCGCUCGGAUACAGUGAAACCAGUUGAAGCCAGACUCAAGAAGGUCACAACACAAAUUGAGAAGCUAUCGAGCCAUGUGCGUUCCCUGAAUGUUGCGCUGUCCACGGCGGAGCGCAACAUUGAACGUCUCAAGAACAACAAUGCAAAUCUGCAAGAAAAUAUCAAAACGGCUGAGGAUAAAUUGCGUGCGCUGAACGAGGAGCGUCAACAAUGUCAAGAGCGUAAGAAUGAGCUGGAGAAACAGGCCAGCGAAGCAGAAGAAGCCAUCGGCACAGCCAAAUCUCAAUCGUCGGAUGUGAAAAAGGAAAUCGAUGCAUUAAACAAACAGGAAAAUGAUCGCAACAUUAAACGACUCGAGCUCGAAACGAAUCUGCAAGCGGUUGCAAGCAGCGUGGACAAAGUAAAUGCGGAGAUACCAUACUGGAAGGAGCAACUGAAGCCGCUGAAGCUCAACGUGAUCCCAGGCGAUACGGAGCAAGAAUCAGCGGCACCACUGAAGACGCACACACCCGAGGAACUGGAGGCGUUGAAUCUUGCUGAAAUACAGUAUAAGCAAACGUCGCUCGAAGAGCAGCUGAAAACUAAACCCAAUUUGGGUUACAUUCAAGAGUUCAUGGAGAAGCAGCUUGUUUAUAUGGAUCGUGUCCGUUUUCUCGAGGACAUCAGCUCGAAGCGUAACGAGAUGCGCGACAAGUACGAGGAGGUGCGCAAACGUCGCUAUACCGAAUUCAUGGAGGGAUUCAAUAUCAUCACACGCAAACUGAAGGAAAUGUAUCGCAUGAUUACCCAAGGCGGUGAUGCUGAUCUCGAGCUUGUUGACUCCAUGGAUCCAUUUCAUGACGGCGUCCAGUUCACUGUUCGUCCGCCCAAGAAGAGCUGGAAAUACAUCUCGAAUUUGUCCGGUGGCGAGAAGACUCUCUCCUCAUUGGCCUUGGUGUUUGCUCUGCAUUAUUAUAAGCCAUCGCCGUUGUAUUUUAUGGAUGAGAUCGAUGCCGCUUUGGAUUUUAAGAAUGUCUCCAUUGUGGGUCACUAUAUUAAGUUACCAUUUCAGGAGCGCACCAAAAACGCCCAGUUCAUCAUUGUGUCGCUGCGUGUGAACAUGUUCGAGCUGUCCAACUAUCUGGUGGGCAUCUACAAGAUCAACGAUUGCACCGAUUCCUGCACCAUACUGAAUUACCCGAUAAAUCUAUUACUGCCAUCGGCUUCCCAGCUGCGCAAAACGUCAAUAAUGCCGAAAGAUAUGAUGAUCGGCACCUGUUUAAAUGGCGAUAUUCAAACGUUUCUGACGCAGCACAUGGAACUGUCGCGUCUGAUCUUUGCUCCUCCACUGGACAGCACGGCCAUGUCCAAGGCGGAUUAGGAGUAGGAUGAGAGGUGUCUAUCUGUUGCUGAUGUAUGGUUUCCACUUUCCAUCUAAAUCAUCUAUGAUAAUGAUUUAAAUUUACAUACAUAUAUAUAAAUGAAUAUCUUUAAUAACCAGUACAAAUCACAGUUAAAUGAAA